AUGCAGACCUCACCGAACCAUGGCGGCCACGAGCAGGAGUCGUCAGACCACUGCUCGGCUCCCUUAGAUACCCUUUCCUCCCUGCAGCUCCCUCCCCUCGCGCUCUCUUUCCCCGACGAGCCGACGACCACCGAACUGGCGCCCAUAAAGUUACACCAUGAAAGGCCCGCCGAGCCUUCAGCUCAGACUCUACCCCCGCUCUCUUCAGUCACUGGCACCUCGGCGCAUGCGUCGCUGCCGAAACCACCUGAUCCUUCGCACCCAAGGGCCUAUGCGAAACCGGCCAACCAUUGGCCCAGCCUCAAUCCCUUUACGACCUACUACACGCCUAGCUACCUCGACCCGGUCGAGUCGUCGCCGAGUAUAGGCUCGGAGACGAGCGUUGGCCAGAGGGGUUCCAGUGUUAGCCUGGAUGACCCCGAUGUGCGCAUCGCCGCCGAGGCUUUGGGACAGAUGAAGACAGACUGUGGUUCCUCCCCGCGAAACAACAGCGUCUCGUCAAACCACGGCAAGCCACUCAGGGACUACAAGACGACCAGUCCCUCGGGACACAACAACAGAUACGAACCAGAACCUCUUCUGUCCCUCAUCACGACGUCACAUACACUACUUGCUACCACCAUCGAGGGCGCCGCCUCUGCGUACAACAGCAGCAAAAAUUACUCCCCCCAUCUCAAGACGGGCGCCGAAUACGUCGAAAGUUACCUGAAACCCGUCGGGAAAGCCGUGGGUACCGUGGGUCGGAAAACCGGUGUGGAGGGAGGAGUGCGGUGGAUUUUUGGGAUGCGCAGCCGGAAGCAGCAUUCGUCGACCGACAUUGAGACGGGGGAGCGCGGGAACAGCAAACGGCGUAAGUCGGACCGGAACGACAAGCGGCAGGAUGGUUCGGGCGCGUCGCAACGGGCGCCAAGUGCCGACGGCGACGACCGGCGCAUGUCCAUCAGCACCGUCGACACGCUUCCCGCGUAUGAUGACCAGCGGUCGCCGGCCUAUACCGAGACAGCCGACGACGCGGCGCAACCGACCUCUGGUCCUGAUGCUUCGGGACAACAGUGGGGCCAGCGAUUCGUCGUGACCACCUCUGGGCUAGGCGUGGCCAUGAAGCAGGAGAGUCUGAAGAGCUUGAAGUAUUGUCUCAAAGUGGUUAGAGACACCAACACCUACCUUGGGGAUGUCCUCGUCAAGCUCAAGAGCGCCAUUGAUGCCUACGACCGCGCAUCCCAGGGACGGCGUGACGAAGAUCACAGCAUGGCGGACGCCAACCAUGGGACACCGCAUGCGCCUGAAGACCGCAGCAGGUUGCUCUCGCGCAUGACCGAGCUCCGCGACGAUCUCUUCCGUGUCAUCCACCGCACCGUUCAGACGGUUUCCAAAUACGCCGGAAGCGCUCUCCCAGAGAACGCCAGGAAUCUCGUCCACGGCCAGCUCAUGAGCCUCCCUGGGCUGUACCAUUUCCAUUACGUGCGGCAGUCGGAGGGUCGACCUAGCAAUGCCAGCCCAGACGCGGGACCCCGGGACAGUGCCCACCUGGCCCUCCUUUUUGCCAGGGAGGCCCUGCAGAUGAUGACGCAAGUUGGUGAUGUGCUCAACCGCACGCUGGUGAGCGCCGAAGAGUGGUGCGAGACGCUCUACAAGAACAAGCACGAUAAUUCACGCUCGCCGCUCGGCGCUGUCGAAUCGUCACCCGCUGCGCCGGUUGGUGCUGUCGAUCAGGAUACUCCCAUGUUCGGGUAA